GUUUGAAGGGCGCGCGGAGAAGAUGGCGGCGCCCGGAGGGGCGGCGGAGGAGCGCGAGGAGAAGAGCGGCGGCGCGGCCGAGGGCGCGGCCAAGGUGACGGGGACGGUGUUUGUGAGGAACCUCCCGGUCUCGGCGGCGGGGGAGCAGCUGCGGGAGGUCUUCAGUGACCUCGGACCCGUCAAACACUGCUUCGUGGUGAGGGAGCGAGGGAGUGAUGUCUGUCGUGGGUUUGGCUAUGUGACCUUCUCGCUAUCGGAGGACGCACAGCGAGCGCUGCGGGAGCCCAAGUACUACGAUGGACGGAAGCUCAGCGUCUCGCUCGCCAAGAAGAAACUUCACCAAAAGAAAGAGGUUUCCAAGCCGCCUCCCGAGAAAAAACCCAAAACAGACACGCUGAAGAAAUCCCGCAGGAAAGCUCGACUCAUCAUCCGCAAUCUGAGCUUCAAGUGUUCAGAAGAUGACCUGAAGCAAAUAUUUUCGCAGUAUGGGACUGUGCUCGAGAUGAACAUCCCAACAAAAGAAGACGGGAAGAUGCGAGGAUUCGCCUUCGUGCAGUUCCGAAAUGUUCUGGAGGCGGGAAGAGCCCUGAAGGGGAUGAAUCUGAAGGAGAUUAAAGGCCGCCCUGUGGCUGUGGACUGGGCGGUGGCGAAGGACAAAUACAAGACGACAGUGGAUCCCAGUCAGAUAGCCAUGGAAAAGAAACCCAGUCAGGGCCAGAGGGAGGAAGAGGAAGGUGAGACGAAGGAGGAGGAAGAGGAAGGUGAGGGUGAGACGAAGGAGGAAGAGGAAGGUGAGACUGAGGAGGAGGAGGAAGAAUUGGAAACCAUGUCCCAGCCACCAGCCAAGAAGAGAUCAUUGACAACUGAGGAAGAGGAGUCAAGUGAUGAUGAAGAUGGCAGUGAGCAGCAGGAAGACAGCUCUGAUGAAGGUGGCUCUGAAGAGAGUGACCUGGGCUCAGAGGAAGAUGAAGAUGGUGAGGAGCCAGUGAAGAAGAAGAAGAAACAGAGGAAGACGAAGCUGUUGACAGAUGUCCACGAGGGGCGGACUGUCUUCAUCAGGAAUCUAUCGUUUGACAGUGAGGAGGAGUCGCUGGAGGAGCUGCUGCUGAGCUUUGGGGAACUGAAUUACGUGCGGAUUGUCCUGCACCCCGACACCGAGCACUCUAAAGGCUGCGGCUUUGCUCAGUUCAAGACCAAAGAAUCAGCACAGAAAUGUGUGAAUGCAGCAAGCGAUGACUCCGAGGAGGGGGGCCUGCACCUGGCUGGCCGGAAGCUCAGUAUCCUGGUGGCCGUCACGAGGGACGAGGCCAAGAAGCUCACUGAGAAGAAACCCGUCAAAACCGGGGGCCGCAACCUGUACCUGGCUCGAGAGGGCUUGAUACGAGCCGGGAUGAAAUCAGCUGAGAAUCUAAGCGCCGCUGACUUGGCAAAGAGAUCACGGUUUGAGGAGCUGAAGAGACGGAAGCUGCAGGAUGUGAAUGUGUUUGUGUCGCCCACUCGCUUGUGUGUCCACAACAUCCCCAAAUCUGUGGACGACACUCGGCUCCGAACGCUGUGUCUGCAGGCGGCGGGGACCAGGGGCGUCCACAUCACUGAGUGUAGGAUAAUGAGAGACCGCCAGGCUAUGAAGGUGAAGGGUUGGGGGCAGUCGUUGGGCUACGGGUUUGUGGCGUUUCGGGAGCACGAGCAAGCUCUGCAGGCACUGCGCCACCUCAACAACAACCCUGACAUCUUCACCCCCGAAAAGAGACCCAUCGUAGAAUUCUCACUGGAAGAUCGGAGGAAACUGAAGAUUAAAGAGGCACGUGUGCAACACAGCCAGCAGAAACAACAGCAACAGAAACAACAGCAACAGAAACAACAGCAACAGAAACAACAACAGCAGCAGCAGAGAGCGGUUGUGAACCCUCAGAACCAACCUAAGAGGAACCAAGCGGCUCCGAGCCGUGCCCCCCGGCCCCCUCACCUCGCCCCGGCCCCCCAACACAGAACCUGGGCCGGAUUUCGCACCAAAGCGGAGGUGGAGGAGGUGGAGCUGCCGGAUGGUAAGAAGCGGAAAAAAGUCCUGCCUUUGCCCUCGCACCGCGGCCCCAAAAUCAGGGCCCGGGACAAGGGCAAAAUGCUGGAGCCUAAGAAGGUGUCACGAGGGCCAAGCCGCCAGGACAGGCUGAGAGCAGCGGCCGCUCGGGGGAGAGGAGCGAUGAUCAGACAGGGUGCCCCAGGCCGAGGUGGGGCUGGGGGCCGAGGACCACCUGACAAGGAGAAGAGAUUGUGUCUGAGGCAGGACGACACUGUUAUAGGCUUGGGUGUCCUCCCAACAGAGAGGAGGCCAGAGUUGGACACAAUGGCCCAAACGCCUGUCCUUGUUAAUGAUUUCCACAGCUUUGGCAUCACCUCUUUGUAUUUGUGCUCUGUGCCCUUUAUUGGUGGAGUGUAA